AUGCCAACGCUCAACUUAGACGAGUCCGACAGCUCUUCGAAGCCGCACCAGAAAGCUAUGCUGACCUACCUAGGAUGGAUCCCCGGGACUUUGAAAACCUUCCCAGCAUGGGCAUCGGCCACUGGGGAGGCGGCUCGCAGGGCGGAAAAGGGCUACGCCCAGAUCGAUGAAUCUCCAAGCGGCUUUGGCACCUGCAUCAUGGGCUUUGGUUGCACCAUUGGCCGUGUCUUGAACGGACUGAUGCAGGUGCCGUACUGGCGGAAGGAACAACAGCAACCGCCGACAUGGCUGGUUGUGGCGCCACUACAGCAGCAGCAACCCUCCGUCACGACGGCCAUAGAUGCUCUCCUCAACCUCGCUCAGCAGAUGGCGGCAGAUCGAGCAGCCCAGGAUCGCUGCAUGGAAUCUCUCGUCGACAUGCUCAAUGGACGAUACGAGCGUCCGAGCCUUCCGGCCCAGCAACAGCAUCCGACUCAGGUAUUGCACGGGACUUCGUUGGAUCCUGAAGAUGUGUGCAUUUUCAAGCCUACAGAGAUGCCGGAUCUAAUGGUGGCGCGGGAUUUUAUCGACGGUAUCCGCGACGCAGUCUCAAACUAUGGCGAAGCAAGUACACUGGCAGUGCUUCCUAGGUGUUGCCAGAGCACCGUGGCACGUCGAUGGGUAAUGGGCAUGACGGACCUCGAGAAACUGCAGCGCAGAGAUUCCACUGACUUCUGGAUCCGAAAAUUGCGUGAAGAUUUCUUUCCACCCCCGGAGAUUCUGAAGCUGGAAGCUUGGAAAGAGCAUUUCACAUGGGACCAGGGACGUUCUCCUGUCGAGUAUGCCACCAAUAAGACCGCACUUCUGCGCAUGGCUGGAGAGACCAACGAAGACACGAUCGUUACGGCCAUCCACAAAGGUUUUAUCGCGGAAAGCACCCUCUAUCUGGCCCUGUUUGCGUAUGUCAAAACCAGCGAUAACUCGGCUUCCGAAUUUCGCCGCCACAUAGUUUCCAUUCAGGAUAGUGCGAAGCGGCUGCAUGAGGAGAAAUUUGGACCCCCUCGAUGGCCAUCAGCGUAUACCUCUCGGACUCAGCCUCCGACCCGUCACGACGCAACCUAG